AUGUCUUCUACAGAAAGUAACAUCGUAACCUCUAUCUCUGGCUUUGGUCCAGAGGCCUAUCUGUUGCCAGGUACUUCUAUUGAAAAAACAUCGGAAUUCUCUUUACCACCAAUAUUUGCGCUGGACAUUUCAGUUCCACAUUUUGCCUUGCGACGUCGAAAUGCAAUAGUAGAGGCUCAAUACGGUGUCUUCGUGAACUAUUGA